UGCGCUUGACGCUUCACUGGAGCAGGAGACCUGCUACAUUACGCACGGAGAGUUCGCCAAGUACGCCUGUACCGCGAGGAAACUGGAGGGCAGAGAACUCUGAGAACAAAGCUAACGAUUUUAUGUUUUUGUUCUACGAAAAGGAAGAGUUUGUUACUUCAUCCCUGUAUACAGAGUGACGUUUUGGGACAUUUGGAUAUAUUAUGGUUCUUUUAAGAUUAUUAUAAAGACUGCUUGAGGAGAUUAAAAGGUCAUUCAGAGUGAGAGCAGACACGUUCCCUCGACUUUCUCUCUGCUCGGAAACCCCUGGCCCCUCAUGAGAUGCCCACGAGUCGCCUGGCAUUUGACCCGAUAACCAUGGAAGUCCGAGUGAAGGCCAAUCCGAACCUCCACUUCGGGGUCAACGGGGGUCACGACGGCGCUGAUAGAAACUCCCACAGUAAACCAUUUGAGGAUAAGGCGCUGCAUUUCUUAAGCCAGGAGGAGCAGGAUUGUAUCCUGUUCUUUGAGGAGACCAUCGACUCCCUGCUGACUACCCCAGCAGUAGAUGAGCUUGAUGGACCAGGACCCCCCAUCCGGGCAUCCGCCCCCAGCCUCAGCCCCGUACCACCCUCUCAGCCUUGGACAGGCCGACCAAGGACCAGGAAUUUCACCCAGAAUAUGGUAAUGAACAACCCUGAGAGGCAUUUUGAGAACAAGCCAAGGCGUGAGGUGAUGGAAAACUUCCCUACAGAGUACAACCUGCCCCUCCCUGGCAAGGACAGUGCCCCCUAUGGCCACGCCCUGUACCAGCCUGUAGGCUCUGUCCCCACCCCCGUCCGCAUCGCCCAGAAGAUUGCAGAGCACCAGGGGAGUGUGGGGAACACCAACAUCCUCUCUUCCUCCGUCCUGCCCAACUGCCGUAGGAGCCUAAAUUUAGAGGACAGAGAGAGACCACCCACCCACCCAGAUUAUCCAAUCAAACAGGACCUGACCACCUCAGCCAAGCCCACCCAUUACCCCAACAACAUCAGCAUGAUAAUGGGCAGCAACCAGCACCACAGCCAUUCGCUGGCCAGUGUGAACCUCCAGGACAGGAAGUCUCAGAUGCUGGCUAACCUAUCAGGGACGACCCACCCUGUGGAGGCGGAGGAGAUCCACGGUCUGCAGAAGGCCCAUGUAAACCUUCCCACCCGCAGUGUGUCUUUCAAGGAUCCCACUCCAAAUAAGUCCCGGAUGGAGGCACUGUCCAAACUAGGCUUGACCCGAAACAGCAGCACAAACAUCAAACCCACUGCUGCCUCGAUUCCGGUUGCCACCUCUACACCCGUUCCUAUGCCUACCCCUACACUGACAUCCGUGACUAAUCCAGAUGUGGCCAAACAGGCAAAGACCUUGCCACCAGCAACAGUCAACAGCAACACCUCUCAUGCAAGUAUCCAUGACAACAAGCCUGCUUCUCCGUCGCCCGAAGUCUCGUCCAAGGACUUUAACAGCUAUGGCGGGAAGACCAUCGUGGUGAACCCCUCUAAGGCUGCUGCUCCCUCCACCAGUGGCCAUGGCAGUAAGGCCCACCCAGUGACCUCUCACAGUGACUUCAACCCUUACGGGGGUAAGACUAAGGUAAUGAAACCUGCUCCUGUUACCACAACCAGGGCGGACCUAACCCAACCAGACAUUGAGAGCAGGGACGUGCCUCCUCCAGCCUCCACCCCAGCCAGAGUGAUGCCUCCCCCAGCCUCCACCUCCACCCCAGCCAGAGUGAUGCCUCCCCCAGCCUCCACCCCAGCCAGAGUGAUGUCUCCCCCAGCCUCAACCACCCCAGCCAGAGUGAUGUCUCCCCCAGCCUCAACCACCCCAGCCAGAGUGAUGUCUCCCCCAGCCUCAACCACCCCAGCCAGAGUGAUGUCUCCCCCAGCCUCAACCACCCCAGCCAGAGUGAUGUCUCCCCCAGCCUCAACCACCCCAGCCAGAAUGAUGUCUCCCCCAGCCUCAACCUCCACCCCAGCCAAAAGGAUGCCUCCACCAACCUCCAUCCCAACCAAAGGAGAAACCAUGUCCUACGAGGUCAAGAGCUACGGGGGGAAAACCAGAAUGGUCACCCCAUCCCACACCACCCCCUCCCCCGUUUCCACCCCUGAUAUCCUCACACACACCCCAGUGAGGUCCCCCAGCAAAGUUUUAGCCCCAGUGCCUUCUCCAGCCUCCAGACCUUUCCGCUAUAGCACUCCCCCUAGCGCCAACAGGGCGGUGGCGUCUCCCACUUCUCCGGAGUCCCGGCCAAAGUCCAUCUCCAAGCCAUCCUUCCGCUCCCAGGGGAUCACAGUGCAGUUCUCCGGACGGGGAGUGACGGAUGAUUCACGCAGAGAAGCUCUCCGGAAACUGGGACUGCUGAAAGACACUCUCUAACUCUCUGCAUAACCUCCAUUCAGCUUCCAGGUGGACAGACGUAACGAAGGCCUCUGGAGUUUUUCUGAAAGGGUGUGAGGCGUGGCAGGAGAGGAUACCGACAUUACGGUGGAAUGAAACAGGAUCCGGGCUGAAACCGGCACACCCGGUUCUGAGCGCUGAAUGCUAACAAACGAGUCCGACACGUCACAUGGCCGAGUUGACAAAUACACACACACACACACACACACAUUCGUCAAACAGACACACACGCACUCAAACACCCACGUGCACACGCACUCAUACCCACAAAUGCAUUCACCCAACAACUCCCACACGUAUAUGCAUCAAAGCACUGUCUCUUUAUUGUGCUCGAUUUAACUGUGGUCCUACUAAGUGUUUUACAUUGCCUCUGAAUCAAGACAUAUUGUACUUUACAGAAAACAUGUACCUCUAUUGUUCUCUGGGCCCGAAACAGACAAAAACAGACUUGUUCAAAGGGUAAUGCAGACAGCUGAAUGUCUUUGGCUUUGGCACAUCUGGCAGAGACAGACUUUUUACUACCUUUGCUACCUUCUGAUGUCACAUCCUCAGCUACCAGUGAGAAUCCUUACAUGCUCUCGCUCUCCAAAGAUGGAUGGAUAUAUAUAUAUAUAUAUAUAUAUAUAUAUUUACACUUACUUUGUAUGACACUAUAUUGAUUACUGAUCCUUUUGAGGCAGGUACUGAUAAAGUGGACUUGAACCAUUAUAAACUGGCUGUGAAGUCACCUGAGAACUGAAGAGCCUCACAACAUGUUACUUUGUUUACCGAUUUUCAGCGUUGUUGUUAUCCAGGGGGUUAUUAUGAGUGUGAUGUAUCUCACCGUUAAGUUCUUAUGAGCGUGAAUAAGGACAAGAUUUGAAGGACUUUCCCGGCAGAAUAAGGUUGAAUUGACUUCACUCACGAAUUGUCACGUUUACUCCCUCUCCAGCGCUCAACGUCACCAGUUUACUCAUUAUUACGCACACCUGCCACCAUCGUUACGCGCACCUGUGCCUCUUGAAACUCACCUGGACUCCAUCACCUUCCUGAUUACCUCCCCUACAGCUGUCACUCCCCUUGGUUCUUUCCUCAGGUGUUAUUGACUCUGUUCCUGACUAGCUGGUUCAUGUAUAUAGGCUACUCGUGUUGCUUGCAUUGUUCCAUGUUCAUUUAUUUAUUAAAUUCACUCCCUGUACGUACUCCCAGCGUACACGUUACGCUAAUCUAUUAGAAUGUAUCUAUAUUCCCUGUGAGGACGGUAACCAUCCUACUCAUAAAUAUUGAUGAUAUCCUACUUGAUAGGUAUUUAUGCACCCAUUGAUUUCCACUGCUGCCUCAUGGUAUGUUAAUGACAGGUCACUCAGAAGUGGGGUACAUUCCCCCAUGCAAGAGCAAAGCUUAGGAAUGUAACAAUUGAUUGGCAUACCAAGCAAACUAAGCAGCGAUUCAAGUAGUUUGCAUUCAUGGACCUCAUAUGCUCAGCUCGAGGAUUAUCAAAUUAUUGGAAGUUCUGAAGUGACCCCAUGUGUUUUAUCUCCUCAUAUGACAUUUUUGUGAAUGUAAGUUGCAGAAAAAAACAGGCUUGAGUUUCUAGGAAAGGAGUGAUAUGUAACUACAGCGCUGGCUAAAGGGUAUUUUUACUCCAUGGACGUGCCUCCCACACAAAACCACCAAAUGUGGUUUGAAAAGUAGACUUUUACUACUUUGAGGGGAAAAAAACGUAACUUGGUGAGGGCGGGCAAGGGCUUGCAAUGUCCAAAACACAAGCACUGAAGCCACAGAAUCCAGAAAUACUCAGAAGGACCAUUUUUUUUUCUUGUUUUGCCCUUCGUUUGUUCAUGUACUGUGUGCUGAAUUUGCAUUUGCAGUGUGUCAUUUAUCUGUCAUCAUAACUGAUACCUCUUGUUUCUCGCUGGACUGCAGAUGUAUUGGUACAUAACCCUGGUGUGUGGUGUGUGUGUGUGGUGUGUGUGUGUGUGUGUGUGUGAAACAUGUUUGUCCAUUUUAAAGUUUUUUUUUUAAAUGAAAAAAGUCAGACUCCGGUUCUGUAGUUCAUCUACAGUUACUCAUGAAGUAUCUAAUACACACAAACACACACUGGGAAAAUAUACCUGUAGUUUGCAGACCUAGGGAGAGAAACCAAAAAAACACACGUACAAAAUCUUUUAUAUGACAUUCAAUUAACAUUUGCAAAUUGUCAACAAAAGUUGCUGCUAUGGUACAACAGCGCCUUUAUAGUUUUGUCCCAUUGUCAUAUUGUACACAACAUUUAAUGUACAUCUGUGUCACCUAAUAAAGAGAGUAAUAUACAUGA